UGGAAGCCUGAUUUCUGCGCUCUCAGAUUAGAGACGUGAUGAGAUGGAGAACCUUCUUUGGGUCAUCAUUGCAGCAUCAGCUCUCUGCUCCGUCUCCUCUCUCUCUGAACGGCGCUACCAUUUCAUUUAUGAACCAAAGAGCUGGACCGAAGCUCAGAGUUACUGCAGGGAAAAUUACACCGACCUGGUUACCGUGGACAACCUGGACGUCAUGACAACCCUGAAAAACAUGGUCGACCUGAACAAACUGUCUCCCUUUACACAUGCCUGGAUCGGUUUGUACUUUGACGUGGUCCGCUGGAAAUGGUUGACAGACACAGAAUUUUACAAAAUCAACGUUCCGAACUUUGAGAACUGGGACGUUCACGAGCCAAACACUGUGUGGUACAUAGCAGCAUGUGGAGGGAUGUACCCCUCUGGAAGGUGGCACGAUACCGACUGCGAAUUUGGCUAUAGACCAGUCUGUUCCAAUGUGACUGGUCAGAAUGUUGAAUUUAUCUUCAUCAACACUCUGAUGACCUGGAUGGACGCUCGGAGCUACUGCAGGAAACACUUUACAGAGCUGGCCAUUCCCAGAAACACGUCUGAGAACGAAAGGAUACGGGCAGUGAUACCAGCAGGUCAAUUCAGCUGGACAGGUCUUUACAGAGAGAGCUGGAAGUGGUCGGAUGGAACCAUGUAUGUGUUUCGACCCUGGAUAUCAGGCCAACCAAGUGGCGGAUCAGAGAAAUGCACAUCUACAUUCUUUGAUCACACUGGUCACUGGGGGGACCGGCUAUGUGAUGAUAAGAAACCAUUUAUCUGUCAACAUGACCCGGUGCCGUUCACAAAGCAAGUGGUGAAAGUGAAGCUGGUGGGAAACUCUGCUGUGGAUCUGAAUGAUCCUGCUGUCCUGGAGAAGCUGCAGGAAAAGCUCCAGCAGAAGCUGCAGGAGAUGAACUCGGCUGCAGAAGUCAAACUGAGCUGGAAGAAACAUCUAGAUGGAACGACCUUCUACAAGGAGAAAAAGGAGGAGGAGCUAAAGUGACAUGAUGAUGAUGAUGAUGAUGAUGAUGAUGAGGAGGAGGAGGAGGCUGCUGUUUCAGAUAUCAUUAGAUACUUUAAAAUUUAGCACAACUGAAAUAUAAAAUAUUAACUAAACAGCUGAAGGAUGUCUGUGAAGAAUCAGAUUAAUAUUUUUAUUUGUAGUUGUUUUAGUCUCUAAAGGACUUUAAUUAAAUGUUUAACACACCGUUGGGAAAAACAGUGAUGUCAAAAGUCCAUAAGUGAAGAUGAAGUCCCCUUAUGAAGCUGUAGGUAGAUUAUCCACUCUCUCUAUGUUGUGCUUUACAUGGUGUGUGGCUGAGGUGGCAGCAUCUUACGUUCAUUUUCUAUCCAUUCAUAUCGGCCUCUUGCUUUCAUUACAUAGCAACUCACAAUAACAACCAGUUUGUCCUGGCCUGUCUUUGGACCCCCCUGUAUCUAUUGCGGCCCCUCCUCAAUGGUGAGGCUCCUUACCCUACUUCUAAGGCAGGCACAUCCAAAAUCGGUUCUGUUUUUAAUGUUUCUCAGCUUCAGCACAGCUGAUUCAGGUGGCUGUCGUUAAGCAAAAGCCUGUUAAUCGGUUAUUAAUGGAAAUCAGGUGUGCCAGCGCAGG